AUGGUACAUGUUUGUAAGGACUAUGAGGAGAAGUCUUUACAGGAGGAAAAAUAUCGUAUUAUAAAAAUUAACGUUAUUGCAUACUUCGUUACCGUCUACGGUUCAGCGAUCUGUUUUAUCGGAGAAGGUUUAAGGAAAAUGUUCGAAGGAUCUCAUUUUGUCACCGUAGUGACUUAUUAUCCUUCAUUUGAAGAUGAUUCUUUUCAAGCAGCACUUUUUAGGAUUUAUAACACUAUCGUGCUAUUUAUGAUGCUCAUGACAAUGAUAAUGUCGGUUGAUACGUUUACUAUGGUAAAUCUUAUAAUGUUUAAAUACAAGAUAAUUACAUUACGAAAAUAUUUUGAAAAACUAAACGAUGAUUUCAAUAAGAUUAAUGAAACUGGUGACACAAGAUUGGCUGCAGAAACCUUAAAAAAUGGUCUAAUUGAAGGUUUUAAAAUGCAUGUUGAGUUGGUAAGGUAA